AUGUCAUCAUUCCAGCGUGACAUAAAUCGAUUCGGCGAUCCACCAAUAGUAGAAGAAGCGAAUGAAGCGUUAAAUGAUUCUGACCUCGUUACAACUUCUGCCACAACUGCAUCAAAAAUAUCAAAUCCAAGUAGUGUGAAAACACUCUUAGAAGGAGAGAAGGUUGAUGAAACCACAAUAUCAUCCUCGACGAGGUAUGGGGGUAGGGAACAGGCUACAAAAUCCGUAGAAGAACUUCAGAAAGAAACGAAAGAAAAUGAUAGACGAAAGCGUUUAUUUCCAAAAUUAAUCCAAGAACAACCAACAAGCCACAUACCAAAUGUUGAUACAGCAACACCAUUAGAUUGGAAAACUGUCAAAACAGUGAGGAAUGAUCGAUUUAUUGAACAAAAGAAAUUACCAUCAAUAAUUGGAGAUGAAAAAAAAAUUCCUCAGCAACAUCCAGAAGCACGACGUCGUCUACAAAUGUUGGGCCUGUUACCAACUGAUGAAGAUAAAAAUAGUGCACAAAAUGAGCAUCGUCCUUUAACAACACAGGAAUUGGAAGAACAAUCGGAUCUUGUCUCGGUUAUGAUGAAAAAAACGAUGGGGAAUAUAACAGUAGAGGAUCCAGAGGCACAAGCCCACAAAUACAUGAUUAAACAUGAAAUAUAUGAAUUAUUCAAGACGAUAACUACCAAAAUGAUACUUCAUCAACCGCCGGAUCCCGCUAAGUUUAUGUUAGAAGAUUUAGAAACACUGUGCGAUGACUAUCAACAUAAUGGUUUAUUAACAGCUAUACCAUCAGAUAUGAAACGAAAACGAGAUGAGCUGAAUGAGAGCAGUCAAGAGGAUGUAGAUGCAAAUACUAAUGAUAUAAACAUCUCUCGUUUUCGUCGUCGUUUUCGUAAUGUGCUCAUAGUAACUCUAGUCAGUGUGGGUACCAUCUAUGGUUAUCGACUUUAUCGUUCUCGUCAGUGGUACAAUGAAAUGCAUGAUUCUGAUGUGACUAUUGGACAAAAACCACGCGUUGUCGUGUUGGGUACAGGAUGGGGAGCUGUACCUCUUCUGAGACAUAUUGACACAUCUAAAUAUGAAGUUGUCGUUGUUUCACCAAGAAAUUAUUUUCUGAUGACGCCAUUGUUACCUUCAGUUAGUGUUGGAACAGUCGAACCAAGAACUGUUAUUGAACCAAUACGAAGUUUAUUAGGGCCAAGAAUUAAAUUUGUUGAAUCCGAAUGUAUCAAUGUAGAUCCACAACAAAAAAUAAUUACAUGUUCAAAUGAUGGAUCAAAAGAAAAUCAAGAAACCAAACCAAUUGCCACUACUUCUAUUUUCGGCCGUGAAAAAUUACCUUCUAGUCCAAGUAUUGAAUCUGAAUACGAAGGUGGAUCAUCAUCGAGAAAAAUUCGUGAUGGUGCAAGAAUACGUCCAAAAUUCGAUAUGAAAUAUGAUUAUUUAAUUGUUGCUGUUGGUUCAGAAAAUAAUACGUUUGGAAUACCAGGUGUAGAAAAACAUGCUCAUUUUCUGAAAGAAAUUUUAGACGCGAGAAGAAUUCGAUCAGCUAUUUCGGAUGCAUUUGAAUCAGCCAUGAUACCAUCACAAACAGACGAAGACAAAAGACGUCUUUUACAUUUUGUCAUUGUGGGUGGAGGACCAACAGGUGUCGAAUUUGCGGCUGAGUUGGCUGAUUAUAUUCGUGAAGAUUUAAAAUACUAUUUUCCAGGUCUAAUAAAAAAUUAUGUUAAAAUAACAAUAAUUGAAGCGUUGGAUCAUGUUUUAUCAAUGAUGGAUAAAAAGAUUAGUGAUUAUACUGAAAAACAUUUUCAUCGUGAAAAUAUCGAAGUCAUGAUUAAUACAUUUGUCAAAGGUAUUAAACAAAAAGAAGUUAUUGUUCAAGUAAAAGAUUCAAAAGAAUUACAAUCAAUACCUUGUUCAAUCGUCGUAUGGGCAACAGGUAUUAAAGCCAGACCGUUAACAAAUAAAUUACGUGAAAUAAUUGGAACUGAUAAACAAAGUAAUCGUAUGGGUCUAUUAACUGAUAAAUAUUUGAGAGUAAAAGGUGUUAAUGAUGGAAGUAUUUAUGCCAUUGGUGAUUGUGCUACAAUUGAACAACCAAAAGUAUUAGAUCGAAUACAAUUAUUAUUUGAAGAAAUAGAUACUCAUAAACGUGGAUCAUUAAAUUUAGAUGAAUUUAAAUUAUUUAUUGAAAAUAAAGUUAAUGAAUAUCCACAACUUGAAAUAUUUCAAAAAGAUAUUGAAAAAGCAUUUUAUGAAGCUGAUCAAACAAAAUCUGGAAGUUUAACAUUACAAGCUCUACGUUCAAUAAUGGAAAAAGCGGAUAAAAAAUUACGUUCAUUACCAGCCACAGCUCAAGUAGCAACACAAGAAGGACGUUAUGUUUCGGAUUUAUUGAAUUAUAUGGCACGUUCAACAACAUCUGCAUCAUUUAAACCGUUUAGUUAUACACAUUUUGGAUCAUUAGCGUAUGUGGGUGGUGAUGCAGCUGUUAUUGAUUUUAGCGGUUCAAAACCUCUUUUAGAUAUAUUUUCAUUAAAACCAAUAUCCGGUAGAGGUUCAUAUUAUUUAUGGAAAUCUUUCUAUUUUACCGAACAAUUUACGACAAGAACAAAAUUUCUAUUAGCAUUUGAUUGGGUGAGAGCACGAUUAUUUGGAAGAGAUAUUAGUCGAUAUUAA